UGGGGGAAUGACAUGGGCCGCACUCGUCAGGGGUAAUGCUUGGGUGUGGAGCGCGUUCCGUCGGGCGGGCUAGUAUUAUCUCCUUGGAGCUCACCAGCAGCCCAUCCACACUCACUAUCAAACUAAUGUUUCAGCGCACUGGGUGUCGGGGCUCGCCUUGUUGGUCUGCUUGGUCGGCAUGGGUCGGACCGCGCUCAUGGAUGUUGACGAGGGUGACGACCCUGGACUUCCCUACGAGACACAGGACGGUCCACCCAGCAACCCCCUGGAGGGAGUCGCCCUCACCGUAUCCUGGGACGGGACGGCAGGUGAAGCCACAGAGUGGCCCGUUUGUGAGCCUGGAGGCAGUUAUUCUCGCCCUCAUAAGGUCUACUGUGACCGCUACUUCACCUGCCAGAAUGGGCAGCCCUACCUUGGACAGUGCCUGGACGGGUAUGGCUUUGUACUUUUCAAAGGUUGCAAACUGCUACAUCAAGUGACUUGCGAAAAGGGAAAGAGAUUACAGGCACCAAAAGGGCGAGGAGUGUGUGAAAGACUCUUUGGAAUAUAUCCAGAUCCCAAAAAUUGCAACCGUUUCUACAAAUGUGACAAUGGUACAGCCGUACCAGAUUCAUGCCCACGAUCCCUAAUUUUUGACAAUAAUAAGAAAGUUUGCAGAAGACCGACCGAUGAGGAGAUAUUUCAAUGUGAAAGACCCACCGAGGCAUCAACUCUAAUGGUACCCCUCCAGCCUGCGGAUUCAAUGAAACCAGUGUUGUUUAAAUGCCCCAUACAUAACAUACUCGAAUUUGGUGAUCAUUCUCGCCACCCUUACCCAGGCAAUUGUCACUUUUUCAUCAUGUGUUUACGUGAUGGAACAAUGAAAGUAGGCAGUUGUGAACCAACAACAGCUUAUAACCCUGUUACGAGCAAUUGUGACUCAAUAUCCAAGGUUCCAAAUUGUACUUAGAUUGACUGGCGGUAAAAUUAAGUUAUAACAAUAUCCAUAUUGAAAUGGUAAUGUAACAAUACAGUGCUAUAGAUAAAAUAAAACCUUGUUUGUGCUACUAAAAACUUUUUAAGAUAAAUCCAAAACUCUUAUUUAAU